AAUUAAUAUCAAUUAAUCUGUAACAAGUAUUUAUUAGUUGAAUGCAUUAAAUAGUUGGUGCACCGUUUAGUCUAAUUUUUUUAUCGAAUUUAAUACCCAAAAAAAUUGCCUUAAUCUGUAUUAAAUAGAAUUAGAAUAUAAAAUGUACAAUAAUAUAUGCCCAUAUUGUCAUUGUGACGAACAAUCAAGGAUCAUUUGCCCAGGCAACGAUUUCAGCCACCUUUGGUUCAUUGUUCAUUUGUGCCAGGCUUUAAAGCUGUCAUUUUUAUAUCAUUUUAUGCUCAAAUAGACUUUAAAUCGUUAAAAAAAAUAUUGGGGGAAGUGUUAUCAAACAAUUUUAAUUAGUUAUUUUCAGUAUUAACUGAAAUUAUAGAAGUUUGUUAUAAGAGUCUACUUUUUUGAAUUCAUAUUUUUAAGCCGCCACUAGGUCACAGGAUGAACGAUCUAGUACCAAAAAGAAAACGAGGAAGACCACCAAAAAUUCCAAGGGAUACGACUUCUUUACCCAUUGAAUUUCCAUCUUCUCAUUUGGCGGAAUCCAAUGCUAGACAACUUCAAUUUGGAUAUAAAAUACUGCAGAACAUUUUGAAAUUGUCCAAAACCAAGCAUCUAGUUGAUAGACCAGAUGAAAACCUUUUUGGCAUACACAAUUAUUAUAACAUCAUAACAAAACCUAUUUGGUUAAAUGAAGUUUUAAGGAAGUUUUCUGCUCAAGAAUAUCUUUUUGUCCAUGAAGUUAUUAGUGACAUCAGACAAGUUUUAGAAAACUGUUACAAGUUUUGGGGUCCCAAGCAUAAGUUUUCAAAACAAGCUUUUCGGAUUGAAAAACUACUCGAUAAGGAACUUCAAGCUGCGCCACAAUGUAUCAGAGAUGCCUGUAAAUUGAAUAUUCCCGAAGAUGAAAAUGUUAUGUCAGAUUCUAAUUCCUCACCGUUCUUUGUUGAUGAUUUUCAUUCGAAAAUUCUCAAAUUGCUCGAGAAAAAAGAAAAAGAAAGUGUUUCUGAAACAAAAGAGUGUGAUGAUGGAAAAAAGGAGCUGCUGCUUAAGUGGGAAUCAGAGAUCCUCGUGACUAAACAAUACAGAAAACAAUUUAUAUUUAUGGGAGAGCUAGCAGAAAUCGGACAUUUUCUUUCUCUUAGUCGUGAAGUGCUUUGCCUCAAAGAAAUUAGCCAGUAUGAAGUCGAACGAAUGCUUCUAUUCCCGAAGGAAUCGGCCUCUCUUGCUAAUGUGAUGACGGCUUUAUUGUGCCCAAGUGCCAUGCGAGGGAAUCUUUAUUUUAAACCUGUUAUGGUCUAUGAGGUGUGGUCAAAGAUUUUGGCUCGUAAAGUGGACACUUGGUACAAUCAUUAUUAUAAAAAUAGUAAUAAAACACAGCUCUUUGUUAGGCAUGGCAUUGAAUCAAGCUUCUGGGAAGUCGUCGGUGGUACUAACCCUCUGAUUAAUUCUGAAUUCUGUUUAAUUUCAUUUACCAAAAGAGUUUGGAUUAUGAAGACACUUUGCACAACAAUGUUUCACUCCUAUAAGAAGAUUGAAGAAUAUUUUAACUCAGUCGAUGACAGUUCUCUACGAGGCCCUGUUGUAUACGAAGAUGGCAAGUUUGAAUACAUUGGCCUGUUUCAACCUGAAAUCCGAGUAUAUAGGAUCUGUCGUUCGGAAAUGGAUAUUGAUGGAAGAGGCGAAUUUGUAGCCAUUGUACCGAUGAAAAAUGGCUUACCUCCAGAACUCGUAGGCCAAACUCAGGUAACACUCAAAAGCCUCGGGAAAAAGAACAAAUUCUAUUUGGCAGCAUAUGACAGGGAGUCAUUGGAAGGUCUAAUUAAAGUUUUUUCACAAAAGAAGAAAUCGCUUUCGGCAAUGAAGCGCCUACUGGCUAAUGAAAAUAAUGAAUUUGUCAAAAUUUCAGCUCUUACUUCGAUGAAACAGCAAUGGGAAAAAAAUAAAGAAAGGUCACCAAUCGUUAUCAACAAUUCUGUAAAAUAUUGGAUCGAAAAGGAUCUGUCUCCUCCAUUAUCACCUGGCGAAACAUCUCAAAAUCAUUUGAUCCUCAACAAUGAGAAAAUUCCAAAUGAUCUAUCCUGUUUAGGCAAGCGAGUUUUGAAAAAGAAGUUUUUCUUGGAUGAUUGGGAGAAUUCUUCGGAUUCCUCGAUAGAGUUUAAUGCCGAAGAAGAUGCUUCCGAUUGGGAAGAAGGAAAUAUUAGAAGAAGCAAGAGGAAGAAGUGCAGGUGGUCCAAAUGGCAAAGGGACGAGUUUCCUCCAUUCCCGAGUUUCAGUACUCCUAGACCUCUCUCCCAGCCACCGAUUCCUCUGGUUUCGCCAAAAAUGGAUAAACCGUUGAUGAUAGCCCCAGUUCUUCCUAACCCAGGCAUGAGAACUCCGCCACAUAAUCUGCUACCAUUGAUGCUUCGUCAGCAGCCAAUUUUCUCACAACAACCUGUCGUAAGAUCACCGUUCGUUCCUCCUGUUAGCACUUACCGAUCAUUCAGGGCCUCUCUGCCAUUGUCCAGAGCACCAUCUUACAGUCCGAGAGGGUUCGGAGGUGUGAAACUGAUUAAGUCAAUAGUGAGGAGGCCGAACAUUGUUACCGCUGCGAUAGCCAAUGCAGAAACUCAGAAGGCCGAAGAACAAGUCGGUAAAGUACUGACAAUCAACCUCGGAGGCGGCGAGGAGAAGGCAGUGCCGGUUAUCAUCACCCCGAUGAGAAAAGUGGGCACAGUACAAAGCCCAGACGGCCUAUCAUGUCUAACCUUGAACAACCAAGCACCUGGGACACAGGUAUAAUUUGACAAGGUUAGAGUCCUGUACAUGGAUGGUAAAGUGGCUCUUUUAUCAAAGAAGAAAGGUGAGGAAGAAUCUGCUGAUUGCAGAAUUUAGCUCUCAGUUGUUUCAAGUUGCAAUUGUCUGCAUAAAAAAAGCUGGUCUAUUUCUAUUAAUAUCAGUAUUUACUUUCGUAUUUCAUACGUCUCAUUUAUGAGAAAUCAGAUUUAUAAUUUUAUAACAAAAUAUAAUAAAGAAAAUAUUUGAUAAGAAUAAU